CAGGAGGCGGUGAUGCAGGAGGCAGAGCUGAGGAGUCUCUGACCUAUUCCCCAGAGCACUAUGACACUGAAGUGCAGCAGCAGGUGCCUGGUACUGGCCAGGCUGCCUCCUGCCCUGCAGCUCAAAGCUGAGCUCCUGCAAAGACCUGCCAUCACUGAUCCCAGAGGGAAGGGAACACCACUGGAGACACCAUGCGUGAGUGCAUCUCCAUUCAUGUCGGCCAGGCUGGAGUUCAGAUAGGAAAUGCGUGCUGGGAACUCUUCUGCCUGGAGCACGGCAUUCAGCCGGAUGGCACCUUCAAGGACCAGAACAGUCAACUCAACUACGAUGACUCUUUUACCACAUUUUUCAAUGAAACAGUCACUGGGAAGCAUGUGCCACGGGCUGUAAUGGUGGAUUUGGAACCAAGUGUAGUAGAUGAAGUGCGGGCUGGCACCUUCCGGCAGCUUUUCCAUCCAGAACAACUGAUCACUGGAAAGGAAGACGCAGCUAAUAACUACGCCCGUGGCCACUACACCAUUGGCAAGGAAAGCAUUGAUGUGGUACUUGAUCGUGUUCGUAAGCUGACAGAUGCCUGUUCUGGACUGCAGGGAUUCUUGAUCUUUCACAGCUUUGGUGGAGGCACUGGCUCUGGCUUUACCUCCUUGCUGAUGGAGCGUCUCUCUGUGGAUUACGGGAAGAAGUCCAAACUAGAGUUUGCCAUCUACCCUGCCCCUCAGGUCUCCACCGCUGUGGUGGAACCCUACAAUUCUAUCCUCACAACACACACCACCCUGGAACACUCAGACUGUGCUUUCAUGGUGGACAAUGAGGCCAUCUAUGAUAUCUGUCGCAGAAACCUAGACAUUGAGCGCCCAACUUACACUAACCUCAACCGCCUAAUUAGCCAGAUUGUCUCCUCCAUCACUGCCUCGCUGCGCUUUGAUGGUGCCCUCAAUGUGGAUCUGACAGAGUUCCAGACAAACCUGGUUCCCUACCCACGCAUCCACUUCCCCUUAGUGACCUAUGCCCCCAUCAUCUCCUCUGACAGAGCGUAUCACGAGCAGCUCUCAGUGGCUGAAAUCACCAAUGCCUGCUUUGAGCCCAACAACCAGAUGGUGAAGUGUGACCCACGACAUGGGAAGUACAUGGCCUGCUGCAUGCUCUACCGAGGUGAUGUAGUUCCCAAAGAUGUCAAUGUAGCAAUUGCUGCCAUCAAGACCAAGAGAAAUAUCCAGUUUGUUGACUGGUGUCCAACAGGCUUCAAGGUUGGGAUCAACUAUCAGCCUCCCACAGUAGUUCCUGGCGGAGACCUCGCCCAGGUUCAGCGAGCAGUCUGCAUGCUGAGCAACACCACAGCCAUUGCAGAGGCCUGGGCAAGGCUCGACCACAAGUUUGAUCUGAUGUACGCCAAGAGAGCAUUUGUGCACUGGUAUGUGGGUGAAGGUAUGGAGGAAGGAGAAUUUGCAGAGGCUCGUGAGGACCUAGCUGCCCUGGAGAAGGACUAUGAAGAAGUGGGAACUGACUCGUUUGAGGAUGAAAACGAUGGGGAGUAAUUUUAAAAUAUACGGUGCUCCCAAUGA